CUGUUCAAUUCCAAGCACCACAACACAACGGCCAUGGUGGGAGCUCAUCCAUAACCAAUGGUGCAGGCAAAGGACCAGCCGCGAACAAUUUCUUGGGACCAGGAAAUCAGUCAUAUUUUACGAAAGAGUACAUAGAGAUUCUUGAAGGAAUCAAGAUGGACAAAGUGCUCGAUCAAGCAAAAAGAAGAUGGGAGUCCCGCACAAGAGCAGUGUGAAGAUCGUCGAGCUUUCAGAUGAAGGGAGUCGAUUGGAGGCACGCUCGAAUGAGAAAAGUGACGACAUAAAGGCAUGGGCGACCACCACUCUCGGCAACUCAUUAGGACUAAUCAAUGAGAAACUCGAGGAGGUAGAUAAGAAGUCGAAGAUGUCUGCAGCAGAACGAGAAGAGUUCAAACUACUUAGGCUUGAGAAGCAAAAGGCAGAAAAAGAGAGUAGGGAGUCGAGCACCGAGAAAAGGAAGCGAAUGGCUGCACGAACUCCUGUGGAGAACUCCCCGUCUGCAACGCGGGUUAAAACCGGAUCGCGCGGGAGCAUGAAGACAAGGCCAAAACGCAUUGAGAUUUCUGACGAUGAUGGGACUGCAAGAGUGAAACAGAACUUGGAAACGAGAAUGGAAAGCAAGAGUGAGCUAUCGGACAUCAAGCAGAUGUUAGCGGCCCUACUCCAUGGCAUCGAUGACCCGAAAGGGAAGAGUAAGGGAAGUGUAGGGUCAUAGGACUUGAGUCCUCAACGCAAGUUGCCACGGACGAAGGCGAGCAUGCUGACCUUGUCCGAAACGCAACUAAUGAAGAGGAGUAUGAAGA